AUGUCCCUGCCCUGCAACGUGAAGCAGCACGAGAUGGCGAGAGGGAUUGCAACGAUCGAUUUCUCAGUUUUCGGGGCAGCAGCAGCAGAGGCUCGGGAUGGAGGGGGGAUUUGGAUCGCCAAUAACGUGGAUGAUCCGAAGGGCGGAGCAGGAGGAGAGCGCAGAGGAAGGCGGGCCGAUUUCGCAACACUUCGGCUCAUACUGUUCCCGGCCAUCUUCGACGCCGGCUCUUCACUCAACUCAGAUCCAAACCCCAGAAUCCGGGACGGAGAGUAA